GGCAGGCUGCGGACAUGCUGAAGUUCAGCGCUGCGCCUGUAGCAGGGGGUCCUUGGCUGUAGGUGACAUUCAUUAUCCGGGGUGAGACGCGGAGUCGAGGUGAAGAACUUCUCCCUGAAGAGCAGCCAUGGCGCAGGCCGUACAGAAACUGGUGGCUAAAGUGCCCACUAUGGUCGGAGCUGCUGUGAGCUACUCCAAGCCCCGGUUAGCAACAUUCUGGUAUUACGCCCGUGUCGAGCUGGUGCCCCCUACCCCAGCUGAGAUCCCCAAGGCAAUGGCAGGCUUCUCUAACUUGAUCAAAGGCUUUCAGACAGGACGUCUCGGUCAGACCACAGUCAGGGAUGCCUUCAGGAAUGGUCUUGUUGCCACAGAAGUUCUGAUGUGGUUCUACAUUGGCGAGAUCAUUGGAAAGGGGGGCAUUGUUGGAUAUGAUGUGUAAAUGUGGACUGUUCUUGUUGCGUGUUCCUUUGUAUUAAGUUAGAACUUCUUGGAAUCCAGGAACUAAAUAAAUGUCUAUUGUUAAACAACAAAA